UUACAUGUCGACACUGUUACUAGUUACUAGUAUGAAAAAUAGGCAAAUGAUGCAUGUUAUUUUAUUAUUUUUUAUAAAUAAAAAACACUUUUUGCUUUAUAUUUUUCAUUUAUAAACUGUGUUAUGUUUAAACCCUGCCCAGAUCAGGGCAGGCCAUAGGAAAAUAAUGUCCUUCAUAGCAAUAGGCAGACUCUAAUCCAGAAAUAAACAACAGGUUUUAUGAUGUAAUACAUUUGAAUAGGUAGAUUAUAAAACAGUGAAUCUUUCACAUGAAUAGGGCCAGACUGAUAACAUGAGUGGAAACAGGUCAUGAAAUAUGCAGAACGCCUGGGCUGUUAUUAGCAUCAUACUGACUUGUUGCCUGCUGCUUUAUCUAGAGCUUUGGAUGAAUCUUUCUGAACAGUUUCACAGCAAAACUGUCAUCAUUUCUGCAUCAAUUUUAUCACAACUUGGAAUUCCUAGUUUGUACAAAACUGAAAAACACAUUUACUCCACUGAGGAAGAAAUCAACAUAACACCUAUUCCAGUUCUCUAUAAGAAAAAUUUUACAAAACUUCCAGUGUGGGAUUUUGAAGACUUUUAUUUGCGAAACAAUGAAGCAAGAGAUCCUACCUGUCCAAAGUCCCUUCAAAACACAGAGGAUCUCAAGUUCAAGGAGAAAGUUCUUCCUGACAUUCAGCUGUGGCUGUACAAAGGUCUACUCAACAUAACAGAAUGGAAUCGAUUAGCACACUUCAACAAUCCCUUCGGCUUCAUGGAAUACAAGUACAAUGAGAUUAAAAGAGCAGUGGAUUUGAUACCAAAGCCUAAGUCUUCAAUAUUACUGCCUGUGCAUGACAAUUCAAAGGAUGGCUGUAUCCGCUGUGCUGUUGUGGGCUGUAGUGGCAUUCUCAAUAACUCAAAGAUGGGCAAAGACAUAGACUCCCAUGAUUAUGUUUUUCGAGUAAAUGGGGCUGUUACUCAAGGUUACGAGGAGGAUGUUGGAAAUAGAACAUCAGUUUAUAUACACACAGCUUUUUCCUUGUAUUCCAACAUUCUGAGUUUAAAAAAGUACGGCUUUAACAGUGUUCCACAAGAUGAGGGUAUCAAAUAUGUAAUGAUCCCUGAAGGCCGGAGGGACUUUGAGUGGAUCCAAGGCCUUUUGCAGGGAAAAGAAGCCAACGGGUCAUUCAAGGGUGUGAGGCCACUGAAAUAUUUCGAAGGGAAAUUUAACGAGAGUAGAUUCUAUGUUCUUCACCCUGACUUUCUUCGAUACAUUCGCAACAGAUUAAUGCCUUCCAAACAAAUGCAGGGCAUUCACUGGUCAAUGUACAGACCGACCAAUGGAGCGUUUGCUUUGUUCUUGGCUCUUCACACAUGUAAUAUUGUGGACGCCUAUGGAUUUAUUACAGAAGACCACCAAAAGUACUCCAACUAUUAUUAUGAAAAGUUAAAAAAAACUAGUGUAAUUUUCUAUAUUAACCAUGACUAUGGACUGGAGAUAAAGACUUGGAAGAAACUGCAUGACUCUGGAAUCAUUAGACUUUUCCAAAGACACUAACACAUCGAAAACAGAAGAAGACUCUCUGUUCUGUCAACAGGCGUUAUUUUACGAUUCUUAAACGAGCUGUGGACAAAAAUGAAAUGAAACAUCUGUAAUAUGCUCCAAAUGAAAGGUUGUAGCCUACUAUCAGUUUUACCUUUUUUGUUUUUCGCUUUUUUAAAAGGUGAGGAAGGUGAUAUUUAUAUUUUAAAAUGGUCUUGGUUUGUUUGUUCGAUCUUUGUUCAUUACAUUUUCAUUACAUUAAAAAUUCACAG